AUGGCUGACUUAUUCUCUAGAGAUAAAGUAACAUUCUUCCAAACUCUAAAAAAAAUAACUAUAUUAAACCCUUUUAAAAAAGAUGGUAGCAUUUUUUCAUAUUUCAUUGAUGACUCUAAUUAACUACAAUUUGGAGAUAUUGCUAUUAGAAAUUGUCUUACCUAACUUAGUAUCAUAUCAAAUGGUCAAAAAUUUCGCCCUUUAAAACUUCCUUCUUUACCCCCCUUAAAUACGCUUGAUAUAACCGAGCUACAAAGAAGGAUGUCACGAAAUAAAGCAAUUAGCUUUGAUGGUGUAUCUGACAAUUUUAUUAGGAAUUGUAAAAAUGUCCAUAUUUUUUGUGAUAUAUGGAAAUAAUCUACAAUUGAAACCAACUACGCAUGCUGUAGAGCAAGACUAGUACCCUUAAACAAGGUUUUCCCCGAUAUCCCUACUAAAACUUAGUUUCGACCUAUUACAAUUCUAAGUCCCCUAUUUAAGCUGCUUGAAUUAAGAUUUCUGCCAAGACUAUAACAAUAUUUGUCCACUCGCUUAUCUAAAGGUCAAGCAGGAUUCAUUCCUGGUUCAUCUACUCAAAUAAAUAUCAUCAGACUCUUAAAUACUUUAACUGGUUACAAGAAAUAGGAUAAAAUGGAUUGCAUCUUUAUUGAUUUUAGCAAUGCCUUCAAUAGCAUAAAUAGAUAAAGACUAUUUAAUAUUUUAUCUGCUAAAUCAAUUUUGGAUGGCAUCGAAAUAAAAUUCCUUAAUCACCUCUAUACAAAUCUCCAUUAUAUUUGCCCAUAAAUGAAUACCACAUUUUACUUCUAAAACGGUGUUCCUCAAGGAUCUCCACUGUCUCCCGCACUUUUUAAUAUAUAUCUUGAAGAUUUUUUAGCUUCAUUAAAACAAAACUGUAAUUUUAAUUAUACUUCCUAUGAAUUUGCGGACGACAUUGUAAUUAUUAUUGCUCAUAGAAAUAUCCAAUCCUUUUUAUAAAAGUUGGUUUUAAUUUCUGAAGAAUAUGAACUUAGAUUAAACUAGAAAAAAUGUGGAAUCUUUUUCAUCCAAAAUCAUAAGCGCUGUUAAUAUAACAAUAUAUAAGGAUUUCCUAUUGUGAAAUCUUAUAAAUACCUCGGAAUAAAUAUAUUGAACAAUGGAAAAAUAAGUCUAUAGCUUGAUAAAGUAGAAUAAACUCUAAAAUUUUUAAGUGGAAAGUUGCUAUGGGUUUCUUAAAAACUUAAUUGGAAGCAGAAAUAUUAAUUAUUCUAAACUUUUCUCCUUCCACACAUACUCUAUAUUUGUCCUUCAAUCCCAACCUAGAAAUACAAAAACAUAUUUCAACGCUUAUAAAAAUUAUAUAAAUCUAGCUUUAAAAAGGUUUGUGGAUUUCCUAAAUGCUUACCUAACGAAUUUUUAGAUUUGAUAUUACCCCCUCUAGAACUUCUUAUAGCAAAGCAUACAAAUAAGGUUAUCAGUAGGAUGAACAACGGAAACUUUGGUUAAACUACUUUUAUCAAUAAUUACUUUAACGAGAUAGAAGAAAUGAAUUAAAAUUCAAUAUACAAACUUCUCCCCAAUAAUUUUAAUUAGCUGUUCUACCUGUACCCUAAAAUCUGUAGGACCCACUAAUGUAAUCUUUCAUACCGCCAUAUAAUAAAUUUCCAUUCCAAUUUCCAUAUUUCAGAGUUUUUAAUAAAUCUAAGAGGCAUCUUCAAUAAUAAUUAGUAAAUACAAUAACCAAAAAACUAAUGUAAUAGAUUGGAAAAAAUAAUUGCAAAGCUUUUAACUGAAUGA